CAGAGUGAGAGUAGCGGCACACGAACUCAGAGAGAAAAAUUCCAAACAAACAUGAAAAUAAAGCACAAAUGGAAGCAACAAUUCUUGUCAUUUUGGGCUACCGACAAACGCUGCCUUAAUUUACAACAUCUCCUCUUCCCUUUGCCUUCUGUCAACGUCUACUUCUUUUUUCUUUUUCUGGAAAAAAGGAAUCCGUUUUUCUUUUCUUGAUUUUUUUUUUCUGCGAGGAGUCCGAGUUUUUGACAUUUGUGCUGCGUCCGCAUUGUCGGUUUCUAUAUAAUAUAGUUUUCAGUUUGCAGGGAAGAAAAGAGCCCAUGUGUUUGAACUUUGAUGAGAGCAGGAUUUUCCAAGAUAUAUUUGAGUUGGGUUUGUGAAGGAGCGGAAGAAAACUGAGAAAUAUUGCAGUGAGGAGUUUCUUUUUCUCACUCGUCUUUGGUGGUGCCUUUGCUUCUGUUGGUGCUGAGGGCUUUGCUUAUCUGCUAAACCUACAUUUGGGGACUAGACCAAGCCACUUCACUAUCAGACGCAAUUUUAGAAUUCUGAGCAUCACCUUGUAAUCGUUGGCGUGAGUUCAGACUGGUGCCGAAUUAAAGGUUUCUUAUUGUUUAAUAUGGGAAUGGAUGAAACUCCAAUAAAUAUGCAAACAGCUAUUUCCAAGCAUGCAUAUUUCAAUCUCUCCCAUGUUUCUCCAUUGGUCUUCUUGUAUCUUCUAAGAGAAUGUUAUGCUUAUGGCUACAAUUUUCAGUGUGAUGUAAAGCAGCUUGCACAUUCUUAUGGAGAAUUGAAAUGUUUUAAGCACUUUGACAUGCUGCUUGAUAUCCAGAAUGUGUUCAAAGAACCACGGGGUGGCCUUUCUGGUUUGGCCGAGAAAAUAUUGGGAACUGGUCUGAAUAAAACGAGACGAAAUAGCAAUUGGGAGCAACGACCUUUAAGUCAUUAUCAGCUAGAAUAUGCUGCUCUUGAUGCUGCUGUCCUCCUCCACAUAUUUCGGCAUGUUGGUAACCACUCCCAGCCUGCAGGUUCCCCAGAUGGACAUGCCAAGAUAGAAUGGAAAUCACACAUUGUUUCUCAUAUGGACAGCUCGAAAAUGCCCAAAAAGGACAUAAAAACUGGAGAAGAGCCUGAUGUGGGAACAGAUCGACCUGGAGGAUCAACCAAAGCAACUCUUGAUGCUCCUCAGGCAUGAUUAGCUAGCCGGUCUAUUACCUGUUUCCAUUACUUUUGAUCGUUUUUCUAUACAUAGAAAGAUUGCGAUGCUGAGACUUGAGUUGUUACCAAGAGACACUUUCUUAUGCCAAUAAAUCCUCCCCAUGAGGAAAUGUACAGUAAGAUUUCACAGUGAAAAGUAGACUACUUAGUGACCUCCA